CGAAGAACGCGCGGUUAAUUCUGGGUAGGACACUUUGAAGGUGGCCAUAUUGGUUUAUUGUCCUGGCUGAAGGAGAGAGAUGAAGGGGAUCCGGGGAAUCAGUCAGCUAUCGAAACGGUUCUAUGCCGCGGCCAGAAAAGGCCAGUCCCUCAACGAGCCUCUGGUUGGUCUGAAGCUCUCUCCAGGAGCUGCCCACUCCUACCAGGAAGUCUGUGUAAGCAGGCUGCCCAGCGGACUGGUGAUCGCAUCCCUAGAGAACUACUCCCCAGCUUCUAAGAUUGGUGUCUUCAUCAAGGCCGGCUGUCGCUAUGAAACCCCUGACAACCACGGUGUCACCCACCUCCUCAGGCUGGCCUCCAAUCUGACAACCAAAGGAGCAUCAGCGUUUAAAAUUUGCCGCGGUAUUGAGGCUGUGGGAGGCAGCCUGAGCGUGACUUCAUCCCGGGAGAAUAUGAUGUAUAAAGUCGACUGCCUGAGAGAUGACAUCGAUACAGUGAUGGAGUUUUUGAUAAAUGUGACAACGGCUCCUGAGUUCCGUCCAUGGGAAGUGUCGGACCUAACGGCACGGGUAAAGUGGGACAAAGCACAGGCUGCACAGAACUCCCAGAUAGGUGUGGUUGAAGGUCUCCAUGCAGCAGCAUACAAGAAUGCUCUGUGUAACUCCCUGUAUUGUCCAGACCACAUGGUUGACAAUAUCCAGUCUGAACACCUUCAUCAGUUCGUCCAAAACAAUUUCACAAGUGCAAGAAUGGCUCUUGUAGGACUCGGUGUUGACCACUCUGUGCUGAAGCAGGUUGGGGAGCAGUUCCUCAACAUCCGCGGCGGAGCAGGAACCACAGGGGCCAAAGCACAGUACCGUGGAGGAGAGGUUCGUCUGCAGAGCAUCGGCAGCCUGGUCCAUUCUGCCGUGGUGAGCCAGUCAGCAGCAGCUGGCACCAGUGAAGCUCUGGCAUUCAGCGUGCUGCAGCAUCUACUGGGAGCUGGACCACACGUUAAGAGGGGCUCCAGCGUCUCCAGCAAACUGGUCCAGGGGGUUGCCAAGGCAACCGCAGAGCCCUUUGAUGUGUGUGCUUUCAAUGCAAGCUACUCUGACUCUGGUCUGUUUGGGGUCUACACCAUCUCCCAGACUGCAGCAGCUGGUGAUGUGAUUAAGGCUGCCCUCACCCAGGCUAAGGCUGUCGCUGAUGGUGGGGUCACAGCUGCUGACCUGACUCGAGCCAAGGCUCAACUAAAAGGUCACUUCCUGAUGUCUCUGGAAACCUCUGAGGGUCUGCUGGAGGCCAUGGGCUCUCAGGCUCUGGUUGAUGGAUCCUACCACUCUCCAGAGGAAAUUUCCAAAAACAUUGACAACAUCUCCCUGACUGAUGUAGCAAAUGUGGCCAAGAAAUUCGUCACUGGCAAGAAGACGAUGGUUUCCUCCGGCAACCUCAUAAAAACCCCCUUCGUGGAUGAAAUUUAAGAUGUUCUUCUGAACCUUUUGAUUGGCAGCAAAUUUGAAUUUGUUUCUCCACAUUCUAAUGAAAACAAAUAUCAUAAUUUAGUUUUUUUUUCCAAUGAUACUAAGAACAUUGUCAUGAUAACACCACUGAAUCUUCUGUGUUGUAACAGUAUAUUGUCGAGUGAUGCUCUGCUGCAUUGCUGCGGCGUCGUUCAACUGUAUAGCUGAUGUAAAAUAAGGAAUAAAAUUGAUCUGCCUUCUAAGUGUUUCAAGUGCUCCCCAUCCUGGAUGAUAGCUUUUAGCCUCCAAAGACACCUGUGGCAAAAUCAGAAUGAAGCUCACCUGGAUCUGAGGUGUGCAUAUUCACUGAAAUAUAUAAAUCGCCUACAUUUCCAAGGAAAAGAAACCCUGAAAAAAUGAAGUAUUGUGAAACUGAACUUAAAGACCCAUUGCAUGCUAGUGCUGCCACCAUGCUUUGCUGUAGGGAUAGUAUUACUCUGCCUGGCAGGGCUUGGAGUUCAUGGCAAUCUGUGUUGAAUGACAUGAGCAAAUGUUUGGUUUAAUUAUAGGUUGACAAUUGUUGAGGCUGCUGUUCCUUAUUAAAAGAAAACCAAAAAAUGUCAUUAAAAUCUCUUUAUGGCCGGAAUGUAUUGUUACACUCUACUCCCGCAUGGUUUAGAAAUGUAAAGAGUGAUGCAGCAGUGAUAUCCAUGCAAAAAAACUUCCUUGAUAUUUCAGAUGUUAUAUAUGAACCAUUGUAGCCAGUCUGGAAGACUGACGUUAGAAUUAGCCUAGCUGUUUUUACCUUUUAAAACGAUACAAGUAACUAAACUGCAGAAGCAAAGAUAACACUGUAAAACUGUCAACAUCAGAAAAAAAAAUCUAUUUAAAAUAAUAAAUGGAUAGAGAUACAUAAA